AUGUGGAAAAAAAUUGGAGAAUUGUGUGGUAUGGGGAAGGGAUGUGAUGUGGCGGAGAAGGGCGAUGCAAAGCAGUUGGGCACAUUUGUUGGGCACACGUGCAAUCGCACCUACAUGGGCGACGUGGGUCGAACCUACGACCUUGAGAUCCGGCGGCCCCGAGAGGAUCGUCUGCCCUUCCUGUGCCACCUCAACUUCACCGCGGGCGGCGGCGACUACGGGGACCUCGUGCAGGUAAGCCACGCUGUUGGGCCACGUCUGCAACAGUGCAUUUAG